GUAUGUCGGUUCGACGGAUGCGAACGAUCAUUCACGCAACUCGGAAAUCUGAAGACUCACGAGCGGAAGCAUACUGGCGAACGCCCAUUUAAAUGCAUGUAUCCUGGCUGUGACAAGACCUUUACUCAACUCGGUAAUUUGAAGACACAUGAACGUAUCCACGACCAGGUUAAACGCUUUCUAUGUCCUCUUGCUGACUGCGGCAAAACAUUUAACCAAUUUGGAAAUCUAAAGGUUGGUUGGCAGUUACUGCGGCACAAAUGUGUAUUAUUAUACUACUAUCUCGCUUUGGCGCAGUCGUUUAUUUUUUAG